UUUAACAGGCCGGCGUCAUAUUAGAUGUGAGCGUGUGCGAGUUAUAUUAAAUUAAAUUGUUCUUAAAGUUUCUUAGAUAUCCUCCUCGUUUACGUUAGAGCAGAAAAAAUAUCAUCAUGGACAUCAUCGAUAAAAUGUACCAACAUUACGAAAUUUUGAAUGACGCGAAAGAUGAUAUUGGGAAGCACAGAAAAGAGUAUGAAGAAAUCUUGGGAGCAGUAAAAGGAUCUGAUAAAGAAAAGAAACUGGCUUCACAGUUUAUUGCAAAGUUUGCCAAGUCAUUUCCAGACUUGGAGAAUGAAACUAUUGAUGCAAUGUUCGACUUGUGUGAAGAUGAUGAUGUGCUGAUUCGGAAGCAAGCAAUCAAGGAUCUUGUCACCGUGUGCAAGGAUAACAAGGGAGCUGUACGGAAGAUUGCUUACGCCCUUGCUCAAAUUCUUCAGUCUGAAGACAAUUCAGAAGUCACUGCUGUGCACAACUCAAUUGCAGCAUUAUAUCAAAUUGAUCCUGCUGCUACGAUAGAGGCAUUGUUCUCUGAAUUGGCUGAAGAUAAUGAAGUAAUGAGGGAACGAACACUUAAAAUGCUUGCAUUGAAGCUUAGAAGUCUUGAAACUGGUGUGAUGAAGCCAGAAGUGAAAGAAUUGUUGAUUAAGGAAUGCAAGAAAAUUUUACAGGAUGUGACAGCAGAUGAAUUUGUUUUAGUUAUGGCAAUUCUUGGACAGUGUAAAAUAGCUGAUACAGUAAGUGGACAACAACAGUUGGUGGAUCUUGUUGCUGAACAGUGCAACUUUUCUCAAGUUUUCAACCCUGCUGACCAAGAACAUCUGGAUCGGAUUAUUAUAUGCAUAAAACAUGCUUUGCCUUACUUCUCGACUCAAGUGAAAUCGACUGCAUUUGUUUCAUUCAUCUGUGACCAAGUUCUGCCACAUCGUAAUGAAAUCGGGCAAAGUGAACAAAAACUGGACAUUUUCAAGUUGCUUGCGGAACUGAGCUCAAACUGUGGCCCUCUAGAUCCAGCUGUGGAUCGAAUCCAAAUCGUAUAUGAUACCCUUUUGGAGUAUAUGCCUCUUCCACCGCCCGUAACCGAAGAAACUAAUGGUGCCGGAUCUACGACUGAAACCGAGAUUCGAUUAGAGUUUACAUUUGUAGAGUCGUUAAUCUUUGUUUUCCAUCAGUUGGCUCGUCAAAACCGGGAGUUCUUGACGGAGAAUGCAGACCGCAUAAAAGAUUUUCGUUCUAGGUUGCAAUAUUUCGCUCGAGGAGUCCAAGGCUACAUAAAGAAGUUGCGGGAAUCAUUGCAAGACAAAGGUGUCGACCAACUUAAAGACGAAGAAAGUCGAAUUAAGUUUACCGCGUUGAGAACGACCUCCAACAUCAACUCUAUUAUUCGCGACCUUUUCCGGAAUCCCCCAAUCUACAAAGCGGUCGUAACUUUGUCUUUCAAACCUACAAACGCGUCACAAGCAGCUAAACAUGCCGCAGCUGUUGCCAGCGGUAAUGACAUCGGAUCAGAGGCGGUGGGAGUUGGGAAACGUCACGCGCCCAUAACAUUCGACAGUUCACCAUCUAAAGUUCGCGCAAACACAGAUAAUCGUAAUAGACAACCAUAUGUUGUUCCAACUGGCAAAUUUAGUGCCAAUGUGUCGCACGGGGGAGAUGCCCGUCCCCGCGGCCGCGGUGGGUACAGGGGAGGGCGAGGGUUUCGGCGGGGAGGGUACUAGAUUACUAGAAUCCCCUGUCCCCUUUCAAGUCUGGUAGAAAUCAUGCAUUUCCUUCUUUCCCUUUCCCACUUGAAUCCAGAAGCGCCCUUUUUCAUCUUAUUCAUUUCAAAAUGGUAACCACGAAGCGGUUGGUAAAUUAAAGAGAAAUCUGGUAUUGUGCGUCGGUGAAGGGACGGACUAAGUACGUUGGAAAGAUAGCUUCAAUCUCGCCAAAUACCCUGUGGAUGUUGAUUUUGACAUACAAAUUGCAGUUUUUUUAAAAUACGUUUGUCAUUUACUUAAUGAUUCAGAUUUUCAACAGGUAGCCGGCGUUGCGACAUGUUAAUGCUCGUUUCAUUGUUCUGUCUAGAAUUGCGGUUGGCGGUAGAAGUGAUAUGACUUACUGGAAGGUCCUGUGCCUAUUUGGUUGUGUUGAAAAACAUUUUCGAGAUAGUUAACACACUUUCAUUUCCAUUCAGAAGCUGAAACCAAUCGCACUUCACAAGUCAUUAACAAUUUUUUACAAAGAUUUUGAAUAUUUUUUAGGUACAAAGCCGAUUGGCUGCACUCCAUUGUUUCGCUAAAAAGAGAUGAAGUUUAGAUUUCCUACUUCAGCGUCCGUCCCUGAACCGUAAUCACAAUUUAGGUUCUGCUAUUGUUUGUCAUCCCUACUCUCGUCAUUAAUUAAUACAAUGAUACAUUUA